AUGAUAAACUCAUGGAAAUUUUUGCUUAGGUCAGACUUGCCAAAAAACUCACUACAGUAGCUGAAUUUUAGUGUGUUUGGAUUAGGGGAUUCUUCUUAUGAGAAAUUCAAUGCAAUGGCUAAAAAACUUACUUAAAGAUUGAUUGAUUUAGGAGCAAAUCUAUUUCAUAAGGUAGGUCUUGGUGAUUAUCAGCAUGAUUUCAACUACGAAGGAGAAUUUGAUCCUUGGCUAAAUAAUCUCUGGCAAUCUAUGAAUAAAGUCUUAGUUGGAAAGUUUAUUAAUCUAGGCGAUAUACCUGAGGACAAACUCCUUCCACCCAUUUAUAAAGUUGAAUUCAUGGAUCAUGUGGCAGAAGAAAAUUAUAGUACUUUGAACUAGUUACCUCCACCCAAUGGGGCAAUUAAUAAACAAGUUUAUUUAAGUAAAGUAAUAAAGAAUACUAGAAUUACUGCUGAAGAUCAUUUCUAAGAUACUAGACAUAUUGUUUUAGACAAUAGUUAGUAGAAUAAGUAUGACCCAGGAGAUAUAGUUAUGAUUUAACCUAAAAAUAACCCCAAAUAAAUAUAAGAAUUCAUCGAAAGAUAUGGGUUAAAGCCAAAUCAAUUACUAAAGAUUAAAGUUGAUUUAGAAUAACUUGGAUAAAUUUGUUCGACUUCUGUCAUCUAAUUUCCUGAGGAAGGAAUCAAAGUUGAGGAAUUAUUUGAAUAUUGGUUGAACUUAAUGGACCCACCUUCUAGAUAUUUUGUUAAGAUCCUCAGUUUUUUUGUGGAGGAUAAAUAAAGAGCUGAGAAACUUAAAGAGUUUGCAUCCAAAACAUCAGUAAUUACUUUUUUCUUUAUUUGCUUUUAGGAAGGUAAAUCUGAGUAUCAUAGAUACUGCAUUAGAGAAAGAAGGACUAUACCAGAAGUUAUGCUAGACUUUCUUGUAACAGAUCAAUUCCCGCUUGCUUACUUGAUUUAAUUAGCUGGAAGAUAGAGACCAAGAGAAUUCAGUAUUAGCUCAUAUCAUUAAAAAGUUCCUAAUGAAAUUCACUUGACAAUGGCAGUAACAGAUUACACAACAAAGUUUAAGAGACAUAAAAGAGGUGUAUGUUCUUCAUGGCUAUCUGAGUAGGAUGCUGAGAAAACAAAAGAAACAGUUCCUAUCUGGCUUGAAAAAGGAACGAUGAAAAUACCUCCCAUAAAAGAUGGUAAAACUUACCCGAUUAUUAUGGUUGGACCUGGCACAGGAGUCGCUGCAUUUAGAAGUUUUAUAUAAUACUUGGCUCAAUAUCCUGACCAAGAAAUAGUCCUUGUUUUUGGAUCAAGAUCUGAGACAAAAGACUAUUACUAUGAGGAUGAAUGGAAAUAAUAUCCUAACUUAAAAUUGAUUACUGCUUUUUCAAGAUUUUAGGACGACUAAAAAGUCUAUGUUUAGCACAAGAUAAGAGAUGAAUCUGAUUACCUUAGUAAAUUGAUAAUAGAAAAGUAAGCUCAUAUAUAUGUAAGUGGAAGAGCUAAAAAUAUGCCCAAGAGUGUUGAAAAGGCUUUUAUUGAGAUUAUUCAAAAGCACUAUCCAGAUUUAAAUGCUCUUGAAUACGUUAUGAAGGCUAGAAAAAAUGGUUAAUAUUAGCAAGAAGUGUGGUGA